UGUUUGAUAAAAUCCAACAUACCCAACCUUCAAGAUCUCCCAAGACUAGCCAGUCCGACAAGAAAUAGCGUCAAUGGCGAUCCAUCCCAUCCUCAGCAGAACAAGGAUGCUCAACAAGACCCAAAUAAUCCACAUCAACCACAAAGAGUAUGGGAACAAGAAAAAGUGGCUGAUAACUCUCUUGGUUGGGGAGACUAA